ACAGUCACAGCUAGUAAAAAAUGCCAAUGCCGAUGGCAAUGGCCACAUUCUCUUCUUCUUCCACCUUCAAAAUUCCGUUGCUUUCUCGAAAUUUGAACCGACCCAUUUCAUCGUUCUCUUCACCGGUCAAAACCCGACUUUUCAAUUCUAAAUCUCCCCUGAAAAGUUUUGGGCUUUUUGAGUAUUCUACAAAUAAGAAGAGGUUGGGUUUUUGCUUGAAUGCAGCUGCAGCAGAGAAUGGAGAGGGAGAGAAGAGGAACGAUGAUGUUGAAACAAUGGCUAGAGGAGAGAGUACCAUGCCUGAUAGAUUCAGGUAUUUGACUAAAGAAGCACCUGAUCCUCCUCUUAUUUGGCCUUGGUUUGUAGCUCUAGGUUUCAUUCUCUAUGCGUGGAGAGCGGUACUAUUCGAACUAGCUAACUGGAGAAAGGGCGCAGUGGCAGUUGUUGGUUUUGUGGGGUACCUCCUGAAACUUCUGUUGGCUGUUAUCUUCCAUUUCUUUGGGGAUCCCAUUACUUCUUUGAUCGGAGGCGUAGAGACUCUAACCUAUGCAUUUCGGGCAUUUUAUUCUUCCAUAGUGUCUAAUGCUCCCGUUCCAGAGUUGACUACAAUUAUUGUGCUUGCAUCGGCUGUUCUUGCUAUUGCUGAAGCUGUCUCCCCAAACUCCAUAACCACCCAACCGUAUCUUCUCACGAUAUCUGGCCUGAUUGGCUAUGCAGCAGUAAGGAACUUUAUCUCUGAACCAGUAUUUUGGACACUCUUAGUGGCUCUGUAUGGUUUUUCGCGAUUAGUUAGAAAGAGAGAUCAUGUCACAUCUGCUUUGCCUGCUGCUGCUGUAUUGGCUGCCAUUGGAGAAUCCUGGGUUAGAGUUCUAGUGAUGUUUUCUUAUCUUGCUUUAGCUAUUUUUCACAAUUCAAGGAAGCUCUUAGAAGUUAAAGAAGAAGCUGAUGUUGUGACCACAGAUCAGAGGGUUCCCGUACCAUUGUUGUGCGCUGCCUUAGCCAUUGGGAUUCGUUUUGCUGCUAAAUGGGCUGGGUAUCGGCAUUUGACAUGGAUGAUCGUAUAAAGUAAAGAACUAUGUGGAAACUGUAUGGCUUUUGAGUUCGAAGUUUUGGUUCUCAUUUUGCUAGGUUCUUCUGCUCUUGUUAAUAUUAUUUAUUUAAAAUUAUACUCUUACUUUAUCUAAUUUUAUUUUAAGUGUGAUAUGCAUGGUUAA